AUGUCGGAUGGAGAAGAAACAGUUGAUAGUCCUAAAACCACUAAUGGUGAUAGACACACUGAAUCGGACGCCCAAUCACUUUCUGUCGAAAACAGCAAAUCGGUUACAAUUCGCAAAAGUCAGAAAGGCUUCGGCUUUAAUGUCAGAGGCCAAGUCAGUGAAGGUGGCCAGUUAAGAGCUAUUAAUGGAAAGCUAUAUCCACCACUCCAACAUGUUAGUGCUGUUAUUGACGGUGGUUCAGCCAAGCAAGCGGGUGUGCGAGUUGGAGACAGAAUAUUAGCUGUAAAUGGAAUUAGCGUCGAAGGAUCCUCUCAUCAAGCUGUAGUCGACCUGAUUAAACAAAAUAGCCAAGUAUGUGAAUUAUUGUUAUUACCAGUAACAGAUGACGAAGCCAAAAGAUUGGAUGGUCGUGGCAGAGGAUCUGCACACCAUGACUAUCCACCUGAUUAUACAGAAAAGAACGCUUUACCUAUAACUAUACCAGAUUGGACAAAUAUCGAUCGAAAUGGCGAACGCUACACACGACCUUACAAUUACACUUGCUUGUUACCAAAUAAUGAAGUAAUCCUCCUAAAAAUAUCGCUGUUCAUUCUGAAGCCUUUAAUUUUACAAAUAGGCGUACAAUGUCUACAUGACUUAAAAGAGAGCACAGAGAAUACAACUUUCCAAAAUUUCCCGGCAAGUGGCCAUUUAGCUUAUCUGAACCACAAAUCGAUCAAAGAAGACGCAGUUUGGAGUCCUACUUAUGUCAAGCAUAGAUUUGAAAGGUUUUCUUUUUGUUUUCUUGAAGUAACUUCUGUCUGUGCCAUUUACGACUCAAAAACUAUCCAAGAAUUUUUAUGUAUAAACGAUGAAAGCAAGAAAACUAAUACAGAACCUACAGAUGACAACAACACCUCGAUCGAAAUAUCGUUACCAGAUGCGAAGACGAUAGCAAUAUCAAUUCGUAAGAGUGAUAUCGUGGAAGAUGUUUACCAGAUUGCUGCUAAGAAAGCUGGAAUUGGCAAAUCCAAUAUGAAGUAUUUUGCAAUGUUUGAACAUAUUAGUGAAAACUUUUGGAGAAAACUACAAGACAAUGAAAUGCCGUACGCUGUAAUUUACAGAUCAUCUUCUAAUAGAAAUUUGGCAAUCAAGAAAUGGACAUUUUCUGAAGAUAAGGAGAAAACCCUUGUAUCCGAUGAUACCGUCUUAAACUAUAUAUAUCAUGAGGCUGCCAACGAAAUAAAAUCUGGAAAGUUAUCAUCGCAAGAAAAAAUAAAUGAUCUGAAGGCGGCGCAAAAUUCUGGCAAGAAGGCUCUGUUUGUGGAACUAGCUCAAACAUUACGUGGAUAUAAUACAGUAGUAUUUCCGCACUGUGCUUCCAAUGUCCGUAAAAAUGGCAAUGUAAUUGUUAGCAUUUCUAAAUCAGGCUUAGCUUUAACAGCUUGUACAAAUACUGGGGAAUUAGAGGAACAAGAACAUAAAUUUAAUUGGGAUAGUAUCAUUGAAUGGGAAACAGACGAAGAUGAGGCAUCAUUUAAUUUUCGAUAUAAUCGUGAAAAUAUGCCUCCUAGACUAGUCAAACUUUAUACAGAUUAUGACAUGUAUAUGAAAGAAUGCUUUGAUCGAGUUAUAGCAGAACUGGAAUGGGAAAGAGAGCAAAUUGAUGUUAAGCCUACGGAGAACGUUGCUGCUGUUACUGCGUCUGAAAAGCCCUCAGCUAAAAAACUAACGAAGCCGAGUGCAUUGGCUGAUAUUGGAGAUGGUGAUUUGUAA